AUGUUGCAAAGCCAACGUAAUGUAGCGGCACCCCAGCUGCAACAUACAAUAUUCAACAAGCCGAAACAGCAACUGCUCUUCUCGGCGGAGGGACCUGUAUACGGUGUUGUAGCCGGGGUUGUUGGUUGCGGUGCUAAUAGUAGAACUUCGUCCCCGCCGACGCUUAUAACGGCCAUCAGCGAGAACAACAACAACAACCUCAGCCAUCUCGAGUGCAGCCCGGCCACCUGCAGCGGCGGCAUCUGCAACAGCAAGUUGUAUCAUCAGUCGAUAGCGGCAGCGACGACGGCAGCAGCGGCGGCAGUGAAUUGUCAGCAUCAUCUGAUCGUUGAAGAAGCGAUGGUCAAGAUGUCGACACAGACCGGGAUCUCGACACGUUCGACGCAUCGUCAGCAAUGCUAUCUUUGCGAUUUGCCCCGAAUGCCGUGGGCUAUGAUUGACGACUUCUCCGAACCCGUCUGUCGGGGCUGCGUCAAUUACGAGGGAGCCGAUCGUAUCGAGAUUGUCCUCGAAAACGCGCGUCAGAUGAAACGCGCCCACGGAUUCUCCGCGCCCGCUGGUGCCGUUCAAGCGAACCAAUACAAGCGUCAUGAGCUAAACGGUGACUCCGGUGCACCGAUAAGCCUUCCGCCCGGAAGAGAUCGUUACACGAGACUCGAGACCGCAACGUUCCGACAUCAUCAACAUCAACAGCAGUCCCAACAACAGAGCCAACAGCAACAACAACAGCAGCAACAUCACACAGUUCAAUUGGAAGAACAACAACGGAGACAUUUGUCGGCAGCGACGAGUCAGAGACCUCUGAAACGUGAACGUGGUACCGAAGAGGACCUCGAACAGGAUAAAAGGGUUCAUAUGGAGCUGGGGACAGACCUGUCGCGGCCCCCUCUCACCAGAGGAGAAUCGAUGCCUGCGACUGUGAUGGCGUCCCCCUUCGAGUUGAGGAACUACAAGAAGGAGCACAUCGGAAGGGUGUACUCGUUGGACGCAGCCACAAGCAUCAAGGCCGCUGCAGCCGGAUUCCCAUCUGUUUGCGCGUCAGCGCCUGCGACGCCCACGCUGUCACCUCUAAACCGGAGUAUCACUUCUCCGGAGGGCAACUUGCCUCCGACAUUAGCAACUCCCGCCGGCCUUGUCGCCGUCCCGCCUGAAGAGCGAAAUGGACUCCAUGUCCAGGCUCCGGAAGGACGACGACACUCGCCGCCUGUCGCCCCGAAAAAGUCCCGCCAUUCAUUGUCGGCCCAGGCUUCACAGGAGGGCGGAACUGCCGCAACCGUGCCCGUGUCCUCAGCGGCCGCAGCGGCAGCAGCGGCCGCAGCUGCAGCAGCUGCCGCCGCAGCGAAGGAUGUGAAUCCCACUUCGACCCUGAAGUGUACCCUGUGCCAGCAACGCUUGGAGGAUACUCAUUUCGUGCAGUGCCCAUCAGUUACUCAUCAUAAAUUCUGUUUCCCCUGUUCGCGAGAGAGUAUACAACAACAAGUGGCCAACGCAGGUGGAGAGGUCUACUGUCCCAGUGGCGAAAAGUGUCCUCUGGUCGGGUCAGCGGUACCGUGGGCAUUUAUGCAGAACGAGAUCGCUACGAUUCUCGGCAACGAGGAAUUGACCCCAGCGAAGAAAACUCCCACUCCACCCGCGUCACUGUCCGCGUCACCCGCAUCGAGCAGCGAGUCAGCAGCAGCCGCAGCAGCCACCUGCUCUGCGGCCGCAACAGGCGACGACUCCCACCACUCUGGCGAGCGCGUCUCCCGCCACAUCUGCAGCAUCUGCGAGCGCGCCGACCACGAACGGCAAUUCAAGUAA